UUUUUCGUACACUACGGCAUCCCUGGUUGUCGUUGCUUGCAAUUAUUUUUUUAUUUACCGGUAGUGUUUGUCAUUUGCAUUGUGGAUUUCACUUUAUAAUAAAUACAGACCCGAUUUUAGAAACCCAUAAAAGUUACAUACGGUCUUUUAAAUUGAAAACUAUUAUCUUGUAAUUACUUCACUUAUAGUACAAAAAACAAUAUUUUAAGAAUAAUACUCUCUUUAACGUAAAAUGUUAAAAUUAAGACCAAGACAGAUUUCCCAAUCUCUUCGUACAUUGCAAAAAUGUACAAAUUUGCAAAUUUAUGCUUAUAAUAUGGCCUAUAUUAGGACCAAUACAACAACAGCGACGAAACAGCAACACAAUUUGGCAUCAAAUAGUUUAUUAAAAUUAUAUACAAAUAAUUUAAGUUUAUUGCAUAAUAUAAAUAUCCGCAAAAUGAGCUCAUCCAACGCUUCCCAUUUUGUGCUUCCCAAUACUCAGCCAAUCGCUGAUUUGGAAUGUAAAAGUGCUUUUGAAAAUCUAACGGACAAGGAAAAGCUAUAUGCCCAUUAUUUUAGCAAGGCAUCAUGGGAUGGCGGCCUUGUAUCCCUAAUACAGUCCAGUCCCGAAGGUCCUCUUAUAUUUUCUCUUUUGCAUCGCAUCUUUGUUGCUGAGCCAUUGGAAGAUUUGAAAAAGAAGGCAUUGGACAAUGGCAUUACUGAGGAUGAAUUUACGGCUUUCCUGGUAUAUGCCUGCGGUGUUUUUGCCAAUGCCGGCAACUACAAGGGUAUGGGCGAUAGUAAGAUCAUACCGAAUUUAAGUGAAGAAAAAUUUGAGGGCAUUGUAAAACUUUCGGCUGCUUAUGCCAAUGAUACCAAAGUCCCCAAAGUGUUUAACAAAGUCAUUGCCUUGAUUUAUGCCUUGCAGCCACGCAAUGAAAUUUUAGGUUUUGCACCCAACGGUAUUACCACAUAUUGGUCAGACAAUUGUACCAAAGAGGAUUCAGAUACUGUAAACGAAUGGUUGACCUCGAAACGUUUGGAACCCUAUAUGUGUCGUACAUUCAAAGUUGAAGAGGAUGGCAAAACUAUUUAUGACGUCAAGUUGGGAUCGGUGGCAACAAAUGAUAAAGACGGCAUAACCUUACCUUUAGAAGAAUAUAAAGGAAAUUAUUUCCGUGUAACAAGAGGUGACUACAACAAAUUGCUGGCCCGAGUAAAUGCCAAUUUGGAGGAGGCCAAGAAAUAUGCUGCCAAUGAGAAUCAAGUAAACAUGAUUGAACAUUACAUUAAAUCCUUCCAAGAAGGAUCCUUGGCUGACCACAAAGAUGGUUCUAGAUACUGGAUUAAGGACAAGGGGCCAGUAAUUGAAACUUAUAUUGGUUUCAUUGAAACCUAUCGUGAUCCCGCAGGUGGACGUGCGGAAUUUGAAGGCUUUGUGGCCAUGGUCAACAAGGAAAGUUCAGCUAAAUUUGCAGAAUUGGUGGCCAAGGCUGAAAAACUAUUGGAAUAUUUGCCUUGGACAAAGGAAUAUGAAAAGGAUUCGUAUUUGAAACCGGACUUUACAUCUUUAGAUGUUUUAACAUUUGCCGGCAGUGGUGUACCAGCUGGUAUAAACAUUCCCAACUAUGAUGAAAUCCGCCAGGAUGAGGGCUUCAAAAAUGUUUCCCUCGGCAAUGUUUUGGCAAAUAUCAACAAAAAGGAUCCCAUACCGUUCCUUACAGAGGCCGAUCAAGAGCUAAUGAAAGAGUAUAAAGUAAAAUCCUUUGAGGUACAAGUGGGUCUCCAUGAACUUUUGGGCCAUGGCAGCGGAAAGCUGUUCCGUAUCGACGAGAAUGGCAAAUUCAAUUUUGACAAGGACACCACAAAGAAUUUGAUUACCGGAGAACCUAUUACGACAUGGUAUUUACCGGGUGAAACUUAUGACACAAAAUUCGGUACCAUUGGUUCCUCCUAUGAGGAAUGUCGUGCCGAAGCUGUGGGUCUCUAUCUUUCGUUGCAACCUGAUAUUUUGGAAAUUUUCGGUUUCAAGGAUCCCGUCGAGCAGGAGAAAAUCGUUUACAUUAAUUGGCUUUCUUUGAUUUGGAACGGCAUGGGUGUGGCGCUGGAAAUGUUCAAUCCCAAAUCAAAACAAUGGAUGCAGGCUCAUUCUCGUGCUCGUUUUGUCAUUAUGAAAGUAUUAUUGGAGGCCGGUGAGGGUUUGGUUAAAGUUGAAGAAACUGAGGAAAGUAAAAAUAUGCUCCUGACCGUCGAUCGCACCAAAAUUGCAACUGUCGGUAAGAAAGCCAUUGAGGAGUUUUUGAAGAAAUUACAGGUCUAUAAGAGCACCGCCGACAUUGCAAGUGCCACCAAAAUGUAUGAACAUUAUUCGGAAGUCACAGAGGGCGGUUCACAUCCCUGGGCUAAAUGGCGUGACAUUUGUUUGGCCCAUAAGAAGCCCCGAGUUAUUUUGGUACAAGCCAACACCAAGGAGGAAAAUAAUGCCGUGCAAUUGAAAACUUAUGAUGCCACACAUGAGGGCUAUAUUAAGUCUUGGGUGGAACGUUAUCCCGACACUGAGGUGGAUGACAUUUUGGAGGAAAUUGUUGAGCACGAUAAGAAAUAUUUCCCAUGUGCCUUUGGCAAUUGAAAAAAAUCAAAAACAAAACCAACCGUUUUUUACAGUAAAUAUAUACAUACCUACGUAAACCGUCAAUAGCAUUUCCGUAAAAUUUGAGACUUUUAUAAUGUUUGUUAGUUUGUUUAAAAAACAAAAAUAAAUAAUGUAACUGUUUAUGCAA